AUGGCGUCCAGGCAGCCCCCACCUUAUUCACUCCAGGACUUUGAGCAAACUCCUCUCCUCUUCAGCCCUCAGUUUCCCCAUAUGGAAAAUGAUAGACUGUAUGAGAUUCCUGGGUUGAGCUCCCCUGAAGAUGAGAGCCUUUCUUCCAUGACCAAAAGGAGAAGGGUCCUAAAUCACAGCACCUUACAGGGAGUCGCCAUCAGCUGGCACUCGGGCGAUGACCCCUCCCGCCAGGAAGAGUGCCCUGUAGGCGGGUCCCCGCUGCCUGCGCGCUCCCCCCGGGACCUCCCAUCGUCCCCAGGAGGGCUCAGCCCCACAGCCCCCCUCAGAAAAAGGCGGCUUUCCACCAUCCGGGCCUCUGAGGUGUCCAGUGGGCAGCUAGGAUCCAAUUCAGACCCCUUUGCUUUUGAUGAACGUCCGCCCGUGCCAGCCCCGGUCACCCAGCAGCAGCAGCAGCAGGGCGAGUCCCCCCACGCACGGAGACCACCACCAAACUUGGGAUUGCCCGGGAUCCCAGACGCAGCCAGGAGGAGGCCUCGGGACCUGAAGAGGCUGGCUGCUGCGAUAGAGCGAGUGAGGCAGUGGGAAAUCCGUCUGCUUCAGAGCAUCGAGGAAGCCACCCAGCACGAACUCACCAUCGACUGCGAGUGA